AACCCCACUCCCAGGACCCCGCAUACCCCCAUCCCCAGCACGGCCUCGGCCCCUCCCCCACGCCCACCCCAGAUUACCGGCAGCCCCCAUCCGGGGGAGAGGAGGGGGGGGGGGGCUGCAGUCACCGUAAGGUUAAGAGCGAACAUCCCGGGGGGGUCCCGGCCCCCCCGCACCUGAGCCAUGCAGGUCUCGAUCGCCUGCACCGAGCAGAACUUGCGGAGCCGCAGCACCGAAGAGCGGCUCUGCACGGGGGGGCGCGGGGCGCCGGCCCCGGGGGGCGCGGGGAAUGGGGGGCACCAGCCCCCUAAGGGCGCCCGGGGGCUGGCGGCGGUGGCGGGGCUGCGGGCUCCCGGCCAGCACCUGCCCCACAUCGCGUUCCUGCUGCGGGAGUCCACGGGACUGGCCACCGGCAUGAAAUACAGAAAUCUGGGUAAAUCCGGGCUCCGUGUGUCCUGCCUUGGGCUUGGCACCUGGGUGACGUUUGGCUCCCAGAUCUCAGACGAGACGGCGGAGAAGGUGAUGACCAUCGCCUACGAGAACGGGGUCAAUCUCUUCGACACUGCCGAGGUCUACGCUUCCGGCAAGGCAGAAAAAACUCUGGGCAACAUCCUGCAGAGCAAAGGCUGGAGGCGAUCCAGCUAUGUUGUCACCACCAAGAUCUACUGGGGUGGCCAGGCGGAGACGGAGCGGGGCCUCUCCCGGAAGCACAUCAUUGAGGGGCUGAGGGGGUCACUGGAGCGGCUGCAGCUGGAGUACGUCGAUAUCGUCUUCGCCAACCGCAUGGACGCCAACAGCCCCAUGGAAGAGUAUGACCCCAACUUCCGCCUACUGCUACUGGAAGAGAUCGUGCGGGCCAUGACUUAUGUCAUCAACCAGGGCAUGGCCAUGUACUGGGGCACCUCGCGCUGGAGCGCCAUGGAGAUCAUGGAGGCAUAUUCGGUGGCGCGACAGUUCAACCUGGUGCCGCCGGUGUGCGACCAGGCCGAGUACCAUAUGUUCCAGCGCGACAAGGUGGAGUCGCAGCUCCCCGAGAUCUACCACAAGAUCGGUGUGGGCGCCAUGACCUGGUCCCCCCUGGCCUGCGGCCUCAUCACCGGCAAGUACGAGGAGCGGGUCCCCGAGAACUGCCGAGCCGCCAUCAAGGGCUACCAGUGGCUGAAGGAUAAGCUCCAGAGCGACGAUGGGCGGAAGCAACAGGCCAAGAUCAAGGAGCUGCAGCCCAUCGCCGAGCGUCUGGGCUGCACCGUGGCUCAGCUGGCGAUUGCCUGGUGCCUGCGCUCGGAGGGCGUCAGCUCCGUCCUGCUCGGGGUGUCGAGCGCCGAACAGCUGAUUGAGAACCUCGGAGCCAUCCAGGUGCUGGCCCAGCUGACCCCGCCCGUCAUUCAGGAAAUUGACGCCCUCCUGGGCAACAAGCCCAAUACGAAAAAAGAGUCCCGGGCGUAGGGACACGUCGGCGCCCGGGCCUAUGCACGUCCGUGUCCCACCGGACUGCGUAUCCCUCCACCCGGCUCUCUGCACCGGUGGGGAGGAGGAGCCGCUUCGCGCAUGACCCCAGACCCCCCCCCCGUAUCUUUCCGUGGCGGGGGCGGAGCCGGAUCCCUCCGCCCGACACCCCCCCCCCCGGGCACUGCUUCGACCUAUCCCCACUGCCGGCAUGAGCCAGGGGAUUGGCGGGCGAGAGGCCCCGCCCUCCCCGCCAGCUUUCGCGCCGGAUCUCGCCGGCCGCUUCGCCUCCCGCCGGAUCCAUGCUCCCGUUUUUAAAGGGACGGGCCCCCGCCUCGUCCUGGGGGACAGGCGAGGGAUUCAUUGAUCGAUCUAACGAGCCCUCGUUAAUUUGCUGGCGGCCUCUGCUAGUUGAGCCGGUUUCCCGAUUUUUAUUUAUUUUUUUUUUGGUCCAUCUGUCCGCGAGAUUUGGGGAGGGGCCGUGAGGACCCCAGGGGGAGCCAGGAGCGCCGGCUGCACGGGCCGGGGGGAACCCCAGUAAUCGGACAGAGGUGGGGGGAAAUCAGGGAUGGAUCCCAAGUGCACGGCCCGGCAGCUGACGUGGAGAAGGGGGUGGGGCGCGGGGCACUUUCCUUGCGCCCCCCCCCCCCCCGUUGGCUCCUGUGUGGCUCUGGGACUCUUCCCCCCACCCCAGCUGGCUGCCCCCUGCUGGGGCCUUGGGAAAUUCCCUCUAGGGGCCUAUUUUUCUCUCCCUGCCCCCCCCCCCCCCCCCGGUGGCAGAAGGAUAUUGAUCAAAUCCACCCACCCCCGGGGACAUUUUUCUGUCCACUUGAGUUUCUUUCUCUGCUUUAAAUGGAAAAAACAAAACAAAACCCAUCAAUCAUCCAGAGCCAGCUGUUCCUAUAGCAAUAAUGCUCCAGCGAGGGGGGGCGCGGGGGGCCUACGAGCCCCCCCCAUCCAGGACCGCCCCCCCCCUCCUGCUUUCGCACAAUCCUGGCUUCCGGUCGGAUGGCCGGGGGCUGGACAGACGGGCCCCGUCCUCUCGGGGGAAGGUGGACUCUGUACCAACACGAGAGCGGCGCUUCCCAUUCUCCCCAGGAGGGGGCGACAGGCCCUGCUGCUGACAGACACCCAGAGGAAAGCGGUGGGGGCGGGACCCAGGCGUCCGGGACAAAGUCUCCGCUCCCCUGAACCGUCCUUUUCCUUUGCUUCCUGGCCUACGUGGCAUGCGGCUGCCGUGACUUGCCCCAGAGGUGGCCGCAUCUCCGCAUCGGGCCAGGGGUCCCUGGGUGGCCUGGCACCGGCUCCCGCGGGGCUGCUCCAGCUGGGCUGGCAGGCAGGUGGCCCCCGCUCUGAGCCGGGCUCUGGGGAGGGGAGUGGGAGCUGGUGGGUUACAGCAGGGGCCCCCCCGCCCCGAACUGGGCUCUUUUCCGCAGACCCUGUGUGAACCUGCACUGCACCUCAAGGGCCAGUAGGGGGCGCGUUUUUCUUAGAUCCCACCGGAUGGGAUUCAGACUUGGGAGGGGAAUUAAACUCCGGGGUGCGUUAGAGUGGGGG